AUGACGUCGGUGAGGAGAAAUGUGCCUUCGAACGCUGGGCAAAAGCCUGGUCAAAAACAGAGAAAGCCCAGGGGUCGUGGUCACUCAAGAAACGAAGGGGAGCAUGCACAGAGGACUCCAACAUCUUCAAAAUCGAGUAACAGUCACAACCUGAGAUGGCUGGCUGAAACAAGGGCAUACAUUUGCUACGGUUGCAAGAAAGCGUUGCGUGUUCGACCUCAUAUCCCGCCUGUACCAUAUGACGUUGUUUUAACCAGAAAAGAGAUGCACAUGUAUAAGAAUAGGUCUGGAGAGCUGACAUACUCAAUCAAGCUGGAGCCUGUCUUCUACCAUCUCAGAAAAAGUUGCGUGCUGAAGAAAAACGAAAAUUUCACUAAAAAAGAUAUAACAAUAGGAAGUGAAGACCUUAAUAAGUUAUGCGAUCAGCAUAAAGACCACAUAAGGCACGAAUUUGGCUUAGUAGUUAACUAA